GUAAGGAAACAAAAAAGUCCGGGGGUCCCACAUCUGGGCUGUAGGGCGGCUGCGGCCUUGGUUACGUAGCUGUUCACAAGGAACGUGGUGUGAGCCGUCGUGCAAUGCGAUGUCUUGUCGGACCCGAUUGACCCUUCGUUUGAGUCUCUUGAGGACUUCCACGAAAACUUGGUAAAAAGGACAAUAAGCAUCGUUUUCACUUUGGAUUUGAUCAUUCUUCCCUGUUUUGGGCGAGGAGACGCCGCGUGUGCCACACCGAAGAUUGCCCAUUUGUCUCGGGAUCAUACUCAAUGAUGUAAUUACGUUAUUCAAAAAUUGGGGAUCACUUUUAUACAUGUUAAAAACUUUUUCACACAGAAUUUAAUUGCGUAUCUUUGCUUUAUAGAAAGCUGCAUUUUCGGUUGGCACCACUCACAGAAACACGGCGCGUGAAAACGUUUGUCCUGACUCUCCAGGUGCUCGGAGGCAACUGACCGCUCGCUCGUUCGUUAGCUAGGAACGUCCUCUACCGAAUCCAAUCGGUGCGUACCGUGUUUCCUCUAAGCUUUAAGCAAGUUGAACGGUAUUGGUCAACUUGAAUGAACUUAGUUCCCAGCCGCAUAAGUGCGCUAACGAAACGACAAUUAGUUACUUUGGACAAACGCCUAGUGAUGUAAUAGAAGAGAUUUUUAUAUGUAGCUUUGGCAGGAAACAUCUGUGAUUUCCAUUGAACAAACGCACCAAAGCGCCAAGUUAAUAAAUUUUUCUUUUAGAGCGCGUACUUGCAACAAACAACGUAACUCACAUUAACAGUAAUAGUACUGAUACACACGCGGCUUAAACCGCUUACAGAGUCUUGCAAAUAUUACAAGCUAUUUUUAUUUUCUUUACAAUUUCGUUUUCGCAGAUUCAGUUGUAGUUCGCUUGUAAGUUUCGUGUCUCACUUGACUGCAAUCAAGCCAACACGUUGCAACGUUUAGUGCGCGGGUGGUAGGCCAUUCAAGUGGAUGCUUACGCCAAGUUUUUGGCUGGCAAAUUUAUUUUUAUAUUUGCCAUAGAGGCAAGGGAAAUAAAUAAAGUUUUAUGAUAUGAAAUACGAGCCGCGGCGGAGGGUCAGUUUAGUUUGAUCAUUCGAACAGUAAGCGACGGUUUGGUUUAAAGCUUGAGUUCGUGACAUAAUAACAGUCCGCAAGGACGGAAAUAAGAAAAGCUAAGCAUCUAAACAGAUAAUUUUUUGGCAACUUGUCGCGCAAUAUUAGACCAUGCAUUACCAAUUUGUCUGUAUGUUGCAUAUUCUCGUGGUUGUGUUGGUGGUGGAAUUUAACGCCGUCGUUGUAGGACGCGACGUAGUGCUCACCCCUAAAUAUGGUCUACAGCUAAAUGGAAAAAAUAUUUUUUAUGAGGAAGAAGAUAAUGGAAGUGGAGCACAAAAUCAAUCGCUCCUGCGGCCAUGGGAACGUACACUCAAACACGUGACAUACGUUACACUUUUCGCGAACGACAAAGCUGAUGUUGCUACCGGGAAUUUCAGUCAGCAAAACGCCUACAACAACUUUCUGCAUUCUCCUUACCUGCCGCAACACGGUGUUAUUGAUACACGGUUUGGAGAUAUUGUUACGCUUGCAAGUGGACAUCUUGAGAAAAUAGGCAACAAUUCUUUCCGGUUCGUGGAAGGACAAUGUGGUUAUGACUGUGAGGGCGAUCAUGUGUGGGCUUUGUGGCAAGUUCAGAAGAUACGACAUCGUGAUAUCAAUCGAAAAUUUCGUUAUGAAAUUAAAUUCAGUGUGAGUCCGUUGCGUGCCGAAAGUGUGGGUAAUGUUAAAAGAAAAGCCGAAUCUGACAGCAACAAUAGCAAACGUAGUACGUUGCAAACAUAUAUACAACGAGAUGAUGACUAUCCACAUACAUUUGGGAGAAUAUUCUACAACGAUGACUCACGAUUUCCAGAUCGGCGGUUUGACGAUGUCACAGGUAGAAAUUUUAAACUUGGAUCCGUGAAUCAGCACCGGCCGGCGACACCUAUGCCCCAAUCGACUUUUUUGCAAAGCAUCUUCCAGCCAUCUCCGCACUACCCUUCGCCAGAGAAAUUAAAUAUUGGGGAGUAUAUAAAAGAUUAUCCAAUUAAGACUGCACCAAAGACAAAAGUAUUUCCGAAUUUACUGAGUACGGUAAGCCGGAAUUAUUAUCCCACACCCACCACAUAUAGACCCAAUUACCAAACGAAAUUUCCACGCCCAGAACUAUAUCCACCCACAUUGGAGCAUGAAACCAUAAAAUUUCCAACGAAUUCUAACGAGUUAAAUUUGGCUGGUGACGUUGACAAAUUAUCUACACCUGUGGUCACGCAUCACUUUCACCAUCACUUUUAUAUGACGAGCACUACAAGUACCGAAAAUGAGCUCAGUAGUGCUGAAAAGCCUCUUAAUAGGCCAACUAACUCACAUAAAAGCAUAAUAAGUGAAAUCACGGCACCUACAUCUUUCAAUAACUAUUACAAUACUGGCUUGAAAAACAGCUUCCAACAGGGUCCCCAGACAGUAAACCCCAUAAAUUUUCCUAAAACGGAUACAGAGGUGCGCAAGGAGCAUGUAGUGCAAGUCACACCAGUAGCGCCAUUGAAGAGGCCAUACAUUUAUCAGAUACCGAUUGACUCAAAAGUUCCUCUACUCAUUUAUCCAGGACCUAUAGUGGAGGAUGAACUACCUUUACCACGUAAUAAACCCUUUGUACAAAGCGAACCCAUGAAUGAAAAUCCUAUACGAUAUUCUGAACCUGAUCCACUUUACCUAAACCUAGCGCACAACCCUCCCCUUGACGGACAAUCUUACGAACUGGGCGCAUCUCAAUUGGAGUCGCCAAAACUGAAUCAAUACACCGAAUAUCCAGAUAUCGACAUAAAUCCUGUGAAAAGCAAAAAUGUAGUAAGGCCCUACUCGAUAGCUGCGCAAUUGCCCUCACCUGAUAGUGAUCAGGAUGAGCGCAUACCAUACGAAGAUGAAUCACAGGAGGUUGGUAAGCAAAAGAUCGAUUUAGAACAGAAACCAAGCCAAAAAGACCUGCAAAUAUCGUUCAAAAAUAAGCAGGCUUACCCAAAUACUGAAACGCAAAUGACCAGCAGCACGACGGCGAGCCUAAUAGUAGCUGACAGCAGUACGCCCCCAGCAACUACAACAAUCACGACCACUCUUUCACCCACUACAAGAGAGUUGCUUGCAACAACAAUUCCUUCCUUACUGACAAUUGCUUUGCAGACCACGAAUUCGAUGCUUUCAUCCACAACUGCAAUGCCAUCCACGACAUCCAUCGAUGACGCCACACUCCCGCCCAAGCAAGGCACACAAAACUUCAUUUCUACUUCUACAUCAGAAACGCCUUCCCUACGCGCGAUCAGCCGAUAUCGACUGAAACAUGUGCGUCCCUCGACAACAAGCACCGAGCAGCCGGUGCUGAAGUGGAAACCUCGACGUAAACAUUCAUUCAAACAGUCUUCGCCAAAUAAUGACGUGAAACCGAACUCAGAAAUCAAUCCCGCGAAGGAAGACUCAUCUAAAACAGAUAAAAAACGUGUGUUGAAAGAGCAAAACCAGAGACAUGAAAAUCAAUUUUCCACUGGAUCAGCGAACAAUUCAACCCACGCUGCCAAUAACAACCGGCCCCCAAAAAAAAGCAGUGAGGUAAUCGAAGUGCUUACUCAAAAAUCAGUUAGCAAGUCGGUGAGCAUCAAAGUCGGUAGCAAUGGUGAGGAAAUACCAGUUAUCGUUGAUGACAGUGAUCAUGGUGAGAAUGAGGUGAACACAGAAUAAAAAGUGAAUUUUAUUUUUAUUUUGCCGUGUGCUUUGAAUACCAAAAAUUGAGUCUUUUAAUGAAAUUGCAAAACUUUACACUAUAAUUUUUCUAUACAUAAAUUUUCUAUCAUAUUUAUAUUAAAUAAAUAAAUAUAAGUGCGAAACAA